AUGGGUGACCACGAGCCCUAUGAGGGGCUGGAGCAGCAAGAGCAAACUCUCUUAGCUGCUUCCGCUUCUGCUUCUUCGUCUUCUGCUGCUGCUGCCGCUCCUGCUGCUGCUGCUGCUGCUGCUGCUACGGAGAGCGCGGGUGUCGCUCCCCCAGCAGCACCAUCAGCGGAGGCUGCAGCUCCAGCAGCACAAUCUGCAGCAGAUACAACUGACGACCAGUUGUCUGCAACAGCAGCAGCAACAACAGAGACAACAACAACAACAGAAGCAGCAGCAGCAGCAGCACCAACGUCUCCUGCAGCAGCAGCAGCAGAACCCUCAGCAUCAGCAGAAGCAGCAGCAGAACCCUCAGCAUCAGCAGAAGCAGCAGCAGAAGAUGAGUGGGGCCUCUUUGGGGGCGAUGGCUCCGUAGACGGAGACAGCGACAUUGAAAUCCCUCAAACAGCAGCAGCAGCAGCAGCAGCAGCAGCAGCAUCGGAGGAGUCAGAGGAAGAUCAGCAGCAAGAUGACGCGGGUCCAGGCUCACCAGCAGCAGCAGCAGCAGCAGCAGCACGCGAGGCAGCUCAAGCAGAGAUAGAGGAAGCUUGCUGCAGCAGCAAAGUGAUAUAUGCACAUGGUUUAAGUCAGGGGCCCGUUUGCUUCGAGAUGCCGACGGAGGUGCUGCUGUUUGCUGCUAAGACAAAAGAAAAAGAUAUUGCUGCAGCAAGAACCUCGCUGCAGGAGCAGCCACAGGAUUUUCGUGCUGCGCUGCAGCGGCGGCUGCUGCGGAUACAGGAGAAGGGUAAGCAGCUGCUGCCGCUGCACCCCCUGCCUUCUUGCAAGCUGCUGCCUGUUCCGGAGCUGCUGCUGCAGCAGCAGCAGCAGGAGGAGCAGCAGCAGCAGCAGGAGCAGCAGCAACAGGAGGAGCAGCAGCAACAGCAGGAGCAGCAACAACAGCAGCAGCAGCAGCAAGAGGGCGAUGAAACAAGUGCCAGUAAGAAUGAGCAGCAGCAGCAGGAACAACCACAGCAAGAGCAACAGCAGCAGCAGCAGGAGCAGCCUGACCCUGCAGCAACUACGAAGGAGGAUGGAACAGCAGCUGCUGCUUCAUCUGCUGCUGCAUCUGCUACUUCACCCGCAGUAACAAAUGAAGGUGCAGCAGCGCCAGAAGCAGCAGCAACAGCAGCAGCAGCAACGCCAACAGAAACAGCUUCAGCAGCAGCAACAACGCCGGCGGCAGAAGCAUCGGCAGCAGCAGCAGAAGCAACUCCAACAGCACCAGGAGCAGCAGCAACAACGCCAGCAACAGCAGCACCAGCAGUAACAACGCCAGCAGCAACAGCAGCAACAGCAGCAACAGCAGCAGCAGCAAGGAAACACUUGAAAGUGGUGCGGGAGCAGCAGGAGCAAAUUAGGCGGCUGCAGCCGCACGAUAUUCUCUUUGCCCACCUCUACGCCAAACUGAAAGCACUGAAGCGGAAGGCAGCUGUAGCAGAAAUACGCCGAGGUGAGCGGAUUAUAUUUUAA